CAUAAUUUCAUUUACAGACGUUCAGAAAAUUGACAUCACGGCUGCCAGGAGCUAUAAAACCCAGCACAUUUUGCAUUUUGGAUCGACUGACAGAGCAUUGCACRGCCCCAGAUCCUCUGACAGCACCGAAACACAACCUGGACUUUGCAAAGAGCACCGAGGAGCUCCUGUUUACAAACCAGCUCUGAGAACGCCUGGGAGAUUUUAUUCUGCUUUYAACUGCAUUUGCAGUUAAAUUCCUUUAAAUUUGCAGUUUUAAUUCCUUUCAAAGCCAUGUGCACGGGAGGCUGUGCCAAAUGCCUGGGCAGCACCCUCAUCCCCCUGGCUGUGCUCUGCACCCUCGCCAACAUUUUGCUGUUUUUCCCCGGAGGAAAAGUGGCCAAAGACARUGAACACAUCACGACAGAGGUUUGGUACUUUGGAGGGAUCUUGGGCUCGGGUGUUUUGAUGAUCUUUCCUGCCCUGGUAUUUCUGGGCCUUCAGAACAAUGAUUGCUGUGGAUGCUGCGGCAACCGGGGCUGUGGACAGAGGUUUGCGAUGUUUUCAUCGAUAAUAUUUGCUGCAAUUGGAGUUGUGGGAGCUGGAUAUUGCUUUAUUUUGUCAGCAGUAGCCCUAAACAAAGGCCCCAAAUGUUUCACUAUAGGAGGGUGGAYCUACCCUUUCCGAGACGGGAAUUACCUGAGUGACCACAGUCUGUGGGACCUGUGUCUCUCUCCUGCCAACAUUGUCCCGUGGCACCUGACGCUGUUCUCGCUGCUGCUGGUGAUGAGUCUGGUCCAGGGCGUUCUCUGUGCGAUUCAGGUGCUGAACGGACUCUUCGGGACCCUCUGUGGCAACUGCAAAGGCUGUGGAUGCUGUGGGGGAGAUGGAACUGUCUGAAGAACGUGAAUAUUGCAGAGAACCCUCCUGAGCUCGGGGGAAUCCC